AUGCCAUCCUCUCUCCUCUGGAACCCCGCGAGUCGCUGGCUCGCCACCAAGCUCAACGGCAUCACCUCGCACGUCCCGCCUCCGCCGCCCGAGGACGGCUCGCCGAAGCGAAAGAUGCUGCUCGUGCACGCUCACCCGCUCGCCUCGUCGUACUCGUCGGCGCUCGCGGCGGCGGUGGAGGAGGGAGCCAGGGCGGGUGGCCACGAGCUGCGCAGGAUCUCGCUCUACGACCAGAACUAUGGCGUCAAGCUGACGGCGAGCGAGCGCGCCGCCUACUUUGAGACGACGCGUCCCGAGCGGCUAGCGAGCGACGUGCGGCGCGCCCUGACGGACCUCUCGUGGUGCGACUCGGUCGUCUUUGUGUACCCGACAUGGUGGUUCAACGUGCCCGCUGCCCUCAAGGGCUUCUUCGAUCGCACCUUCCAGCCAGGCAGCAGCACGGCAGGUGCAAUCGGCGCGUGGGAGUUCCCUCCGACCGGCUGCGACGCGGCGGGCGAGGGCGCGAGCAGCACCGGGCUCAGGCCGCUACUGACCAACGUGAAGCGCGUCGCCGCCGUCUCCACGUACGGAGCGCCGCAGCACAUCGCCUUCCUGGCGGGCGACAACGGCCGCAACUGCAUCGCCACCGCCAUCCGGCACGGGGCCUUUGCGCCUGACUGCACCUGCCUCUGGCUCGGGCUCUACGCGAUCGACUCGACCAGCGGGCAGGCGAGAGCGCCGACCCUCCCCUCGCCCAGCACUCUCUGUCGACCUCGGCACGGUCUCUCGGCCGGUCCGGGUGGUAAAUCUCAGAUGAUCUGCCGCCAUCUCGGGUGA